AUGGUAAAACUGGCAAUUGCAAGAUUUUGUAGAGCCCCCUUCCACGAUGUACAAUACCAAGUCAAUGCAUUACCUUCCACACCUGAAGUUUUAGAAGAUAAUGGAAAAUCCUUUCAAAUGUUAGAUAUUUCAGAGCUGCAAAAGAGCUUUUCUGAAAUUUCAUCCUCUUCAGUUAGUGAAACAACUUCAGUAUUUUCUGGAGAAAAGAAAGCAUCCCAGAUAUCCUCUUCACUUUGUUACAAUGAAUCAUUGCAAGUCACAAGUGAGACUAUCAUUCAUGAAGAAAGAAGUCUAUUGGACAGUUCUUUUCAAAGCUUAAAAAUUAAUUCCGAGAACGAUCAGGAAUGGCAUGUAAAAGAAACUCCAAAUAAACUUAAUAAAGAUACUGUUACUGCGCUAGAAGUACAGGAAGAUAAAACUGAUGAUAUUAAUUCUGUAGAAAGUGAUUCCUUCAGCUGCACUAAUAAGAGUACAUGUGAGGCACCUUGUGAUUUAAUGCAGAAUUUGGAAGAAAAACAUACUGCUACAAGCAAAAAUGACAGUUUUAGGCUUUCAAAAAGUAAUUUUGAGGAAAGUUCAAAAAAUGAAUUUCUUCAUGCUGAGGAUUGUACUUUAACACGCAAUGAACCAGUGUUAAGUGUAUCUUCUCUUGUAAAAAGCAUUGAAAGAUCAAAUUCUUUCAAGACUGCAGAAAAAGUAAGAAGUUCAUUAGAGGAAUCAAAGCAUUUAUUCACAAAAAAUUAUGCUCAUCAGCUAAUUGAUUUUAGUUCUGAAAAGAAGACUGUUACUAAUGCUGAAACUAUUGAAAUGAAAAGCAAAUGUGAUACUCUUAUGGAAGAUAUAUUAGUAAGUUCUAGUGAAAUUGCUAAUAAACAUGAGAAUAUUUCACCUUCUCAAGAACUGAAUGGGCAGCGCUUGAUGGCAUCUCAAGAAUUUAUUUCUGAAACUUUUAAGAAAACCGUUACAGAAAACUUAGAUAUUGAGAGUGAAUUUGUAUUAAAGCCACCAAGAAAAGAGGCAAAGCUUGAGAGUGAUUUAGAGUCAGUGUCGAAGGAAAAUAUUGCUGAUGAAGGGCAUAAGGAAAACUCUGUAAUAUCUUCUAGGAACUUUGAAGAAGAAAGUAUAAUGAGCAGUAAAUCUGUGUCUAUGGGUAUUGAAGAAAGUAGAAUAUUUGUGUCGCACCAUACAACUUUUAAUGAUGAUCUCAAAGAUAUACUAGUCACUGAAGCUCAUAAUUUUGCUGCUGUUGAAGAAAAGUCGGGAGUAUCUGUUCAGACAUGUAGUGAUGCAGGUAUAAAGAAUGUGGAAAAAGCAAGUGUAAAGCAAGAAAGAUGUGAAACUUGGAUAAGUUCUGUUGGCAUUUCAGCUCCAACAUCGUCUAUAACAGAUGUGACAGUAAAUGCUUCCACAUCUACUCUUUGUGAUAACAGAAUGCUGGAAGAUAAAAUUACAAUAUCUGUCAAUUCAAAAUCCGACAAUAUGAAAUGUAAGUAUACAAAUCAAAAAGAUGAUAUUGCUAAACUGCCAUUAUCAGAUACACUUAAAUCUAGUUCGCCUAAUUUAGAUGCAAGCCAAAAGGCGAUUCCAAAAGACAAACAAGCAUUAAAAGCAGUGCAAAAGUCUCAUUUACCUGAGGUUAAUUCAAAUAUGACUAAUGUAAAAAAUGGGAAUAUUCAGAAACGUGUAUCUGUUGAAAUCGUCCCCUUUAGUCAAAGAAUGAAGGAACGUAAAUAUCAACCGAUCUCAUUUGCCAAUCGCGAAAAUUCAUCCGAACUUAAUAAAAAGAAUUCUAAUGUGUUAGUAGAACGAAAAUUAUCUGAUAGGAAAAUGACAACGAAAAAUAAAGAGCUAGACAAAUCUAAUAAUAGGCAUUCCUUUUCUGGAAGUCUUACCUCGGACAUUAAGAAAGAGGUAGAACCUAACCUAGGGAAAAAAGUUUCAAAACCUGAAAAGUUACCUGUCCAAAUCAGAAUUCAUAAAUCUAUUCCAAAAUCGGAAAUCAAAGAUAAAGUGUGUAGCGAUAUUAUUAAUCCUAAAGAGGUGAAAAAUACUUCUGAGACUGAUAUAUCAGGUGAAAUUAAAUUUAAAAUGCAUUCUACUAAAGCAAAUCAAAAUGAUCUAAAAUUUAUGAAGGAGGAGAAAAAGACUUAUGAUAAUUCUACAAAAUGGGAUGUCAAAAUUCAACCAGCACCUACGCUUGCUAAUGUUUCAUCUUAUAUUUCUAAUAGUGAAGGAAAUGUUUCUCCUGUGAUGCCUCAAACCAAUUUGCAAUUAAGAAAUGAAUCUCCAAAACCUCCUCAAUUAUCUGAGAGUGAAUGCAAAGACUUUCAGUUUAAUGAAGAGUCAGAAUCACAAAAUAAAAGUCAAGAAAAUAGCUGGAGACAACAGAAAGAAGUACCAACUUUAAUCACUGAUGAUCCAGAACCUGAACUACUUCGUGUUUUUGCUAGAAGAUCCAUUAAACAAAAACAUAGUGACAAAGGAAGACCAGGCGAAAAAGAUGAAAAGCUCAUAACAGAUACAUCCUCUGAAGAUUCUUUUCAUUUGCAAGAAGAAAAUACUGAAAUGAUAAGUGUUUGCCAAAACAGCACAGUUAUUAAAAUUUCGGAAGUUUCAAAGCCACAUAUCACUAAACCAGAUUUAAAGAAAAAAUCAAAGUCUUUCUGUGAGAAAGGAAAAGUUACUCCAAGGAGUGUGUCACCCUUGAAAGAAAUUAAUUUGAUACGUAGAGAAUCACCUUUGAAAUUUUCACCUGCAGAUCCUCCUUCUUGCAAUGACACUAUACAUCCAAGACAAAGGCUAGCAAGUGUUCCUGAUGUUCCUUUAAAUUUACCUCCUGAUAAUGAUAAGAAAAACACUCCUAGAAUCUCUCAGACUGAAUCCAGCUCUGAGAUUCAUGCUCCUUCAUCAGUUAAAGAGGAACCUCAGCAAAGAUCAAGCUCUGUUAUUGUUCCAUCACCUACUACAUCAAUGAAUGGAAGCCUUACAAGCACAGGAUUGGUAAAAGAAAAUCAGGAAAUAUUGACAGGCAAAGAGGCCCAUGCGCCUGCUUGGUUACAGCUAGCACAACAACGGCGUGAACUCAGGGAGCAACGAGAAAGACUUCUUUUAGGAGGCUCCCCUAACUCUUUCAUAGAU